AUGAAGAGCACCACACUUGCUUCAGUUACAGUAUUCCUGAGCAUGUCUUUUCUAGCACAUGCUUUGACUGGCUAUGAUUGUGAAGGAGAAAAUGUUUCACAUGAAGUUAUCAUGGGACAGGUUAACAAGAGCUAUGACGAUCGUGCCCGUCAAAAUCCCGAAGAUACCUUUUUUACGAAUAGCAGAAGCUUUAGGGGUGUUGAAUUUCCUUUUCGAGUUUCCGGAGCUCCAGCUAGUCAAUCAACAGUUUUAAUUUAUUUCAAUAAUGGAAGAGAAGUCUUAAAUGUGUAUUUAAUAACUUCUGGCAAUAGAAUAAUGUGCUCUCCUGUUAAAGAGUGGUCUUAG